AUGAUAUUUAAAUUAAUUAUUUCUAUUUUAUUAGGAAAAAUGGUAUUGAGUCUUAAAUGUAAAACAGCAUGGCCAGCAAAUUGUCAUUAUAAUUCAACAUGUAAAUAUGAUAUAAAAGAAUGUCAAUCAUCUGAAAUGUCAUCAAAUAUUCGUGGUGGAGUUUAUUGUACAACAAUUGUAAAUAAUAUAAAUGAUAUAAUUGUUGGCAAAAUGGAUUGUAUGUAUGAUCAAGAAACAAGUAAAACAUGUAAAAAUCAAACUAAAUGUUUAUUAAAUUAUACCAAUAAAGAUAAAAAAUAUUUACAUUGUUGUUGUGACAAUGAUUAUUGUAAUUAUAAUAUUAUUAUAAAUAAUCUAGUUGAUAAUUAUACAUCAACGGUAACAACAACAACAACAACAACAACUCAAGGUCCAUGUUCAAAUGUAUUAUGUAAUAAAUUCCAUAUAAUGUUAAUAUGUUUAAUAAUUAGUUUAAUAAUAAUAAUAAUAAUAAUUGUUUGUAUAAAUUAUCGAAAAAAAUUUGUCCGAAGUCAAGAAAAAAUUUGUCGUAUAUUUGAUAAAUCAUUAAAAUCUGAUCCAUCAAUAGUUACACCUUUAAUUCCAUCAGAUAAAGAAAUAAAUAUAAAUGAUUUAAUUAUUGAAAAUAUUUUAAAAAAAGGAAGAUUUUCAGAAAUUUAUCAAGCUCGAUUAAAUAAUAAACAAGUUGCUGUUAAAAUUUUAUCAAAUAAAAUUGAUUUAAUUCAUUCAAAAAUAUUAUUUGAACAUGAAAAAAAUAUUUAUUCAUUAACUAAUAUGAAACAUAAAAAUAUUCUUGAAUAUUAUGGUUAUUGUAUAACAAAUGAUGAUAAUUAUAUUAUAGUUGAAUUAAGUAAAUAUGGUUCAUUAAGUGAUGUACUUGAAAAACGUUUAUUAAAAGAUGAAUAUGAAUUAAUAUUAAUAUUAAAAGAUAUAUCCGAUGGUCUUGAAUAUCUUCAUACUGAUUAUCGUCGAUUUAAUUCUCGUCCACCAAUAGCACAUAGAGAUUUAAAAAGCGAUAAUAUACUUUAUUUAAAUGAUAAUAGAUUAGUUAUUUCAGAUUUUGCUAUGGCUAUUCAACUUGAUCAAAAUCAAAAUUAUCCAAAUGAACAACAACAGAUUGGAACAGCUCGAUAUAUGUCACCAGAAAUCUUAGCUGGAACAAUUGGAUGUGAAACAAAUGCUUUACUUAAAUGUGAUGUUUAUGCUCUUGGAAUAAUAUUUUGGGAAGUAUUAUCAAGAUAUCCAAAUCAAGAUAAUGAUAAUAAAUAUGAAAAAGCAUAUGAUAAACAAUUAAUUGAACAUGGUUUAAAUUGUAAAAAUCCUGAAGUAAAUGAUAUGUUAAAAAUAAUUAAUCUUGAAAAACCUUUUAAUCGUCCAUUUAUUAAAUCAUCAUGGAAAACAUCCGAUAAUAGAAUAAUAAAAGAAAUUCUUUUUACUAUGGAACAAUGUUGGGAUCAAAAUCCUGAAGGUCGUAUUAAUGCAGCUUUAGUUGCAUUAAGAAUGAAACAAUUAUUAUAA